AGGAGGCGGUGCGUUGCCACGGAGACGGAGCAGGGCUACUAGGACGCACGCGUCAGAUAGAGCCUCUAGUCUUGUGGAGAGAUUGAAGAUGGCGGCUUCUCAGGCGGUGGAGGAAAUGCGGAGUCGCGUGGUUCUAGGGGAGUUUGGGGUUCGCAAUGUUCAUACCACUGACUUUCCCGGUAACUAUUCCGGUUAUGAUGAUGCCUGGGACCAGGACCGCUUCGAGAAGAAUUUCCGUGUGGAUGUAGUACACAUGGAUGAAAACUCACUGGAGUUUGACAUGGUGGGAGUUGACGCAGCCAUUGCCAAUGCUUUUCGACGAAUUCUGCUAGCUGAGGUGCCAACUAUGGCUGUGGAGAAGGUCCUGGUGUACAAUAAUACAUCUAUUGUUCAGGAUGAGAUCCUUGCUCACCGUCUGGGGCUCAUUCCCAUUCAUGCUGAUCCCCGUCUUUUUGAGUAUCGGAACCAAGGAGAUGAAGAAGGCACCGAGAUAGAUACUCUACAGUUUCGUCUCCAAGUCAGAUGCACUCGGAACCCCCAUGCUGCUAAAGAUUCCUCUGACCCCAACGAACUGUACGUGAACCACAAAGUGUAUACCAGGCAUAUGACAUGGAUCCCCCUGGGGAACCAGGCUGAUCUCUUUCCAGAGGGCACUAUCCGACCAGUGCACAAUGACAUCCUCAUUGCUCAGCUGCGGCCUGGCCAAGAAAUUGACCUGCUCAUGCACUGUGUCAAGGGCAUUGGCAAAGAUCAUGCCAAGUUUUCACCAGUGGCAACAGCCAGUUACAGGCUCUUGCCAGACAUCACCCUGCUUGAGCCCGUGGAAGGGGAGGCAGCUGAGGAGUUGAGCAGGUGCUUCUCACCUGGUGUUAUUGAGGUGCAGGAAGUCCAAGGUAAAAAGGUGGCCAGAGUUGCCAACCCCCGGCUGGAUACCUUCAGCAGAGAAAUCUUCCGGAAUGAGAAGCUAAAGAAGGUUGUGAGGCUUGCCCGGGUUCGAGAUCAUUAUAUCUGUAAGAAAGAUUUGCUGGCUGUGAUGGCUCACACCUGUAAUCCCAGCACUUUGGGAGGUCAAGGCGAGGGGAUCACGAGGUCAGGAGAGCGCGACCAUCCUGGCUAACAUGGUGAAACCCUGUCUCUACUAAAAAAUACAAAAAAAAAAUUAGUUGGGCAUGGUGGCGAGCGCCUGUAGUCCCAGCUACUCGAGAAGCUAAGGCAGGAGAAUGGUGUGAACCUGGAAGGCGAAGCUUGCAGUGAGCCGAGAUCAUGCCACUGCACUCCAGCCUGGGCAACAGAGAACGACUCCGUCUCAAAAAAAAAAAAAAAAAAAGAAAAAGAGAUUCAACUAUUAAUAAGGGUCUGAAUGAGAAUGUGAGAAUGAAGUAUUAAAGAGCUUCUUCUGGCUGGGUGUGGUGGGUGGCUCAGGCCUGUAAUUCUAGCACUUUGGAGGCUGAGGCAGGAGGAUUACUUCAGCAAGGAGUUUGAGACCACCCUGGGGAACAUAAUGCAGACCCCAUCUCUACAAAUACUAAUAAAAAAUAGCUGGGUGUGGUGGUGCGCAUCUGUGAUCCAGUCCAGGCUCUUCAGGAAGCUGAGGUGGGAGGAUCACUUGAGCCUGCAGUGAGCUUUGAUAGCACCACUGCAUUCCUGCCUGGGUAACACUGAGACCCUGUCUCAAAAAAAAAAAAAGUGCUUCUAAAAAUACAGAAAAGGGAUAAAAGUUUUAUUUUUCACAGCUGGGCACGGUGGCUCAUGCCUGUAAUCCCAGCACUUUGGGAGGCCAAGGCAGGCAGAUCACUUGAGAUCAGGAGUUUGAGACCAGCCUGGCCAACAUGGCGAAACGCUGUCUCUACUAAAAAUACAAAAAUUGGUUCGGGCAUGGUGGCUCACACCUGUAACCCCAGCACUUUGGGAGGUUGAGGCGGGCGGAUCACUUGAGGUCAGGAGUUUGAGACCAGCCUGACAAACAUGGCAAAAACCUGUCUCUACUAAAAAUACAAAAAAAUUAGCUGGACGUAGUAGCAUGUGCCUGUAAUCCCAGCUACUUGGGAGGCUGAGGCACAAGAAUCACUUGAACCCAGGAGGUGGAAGUUGCAGUAAGACAAGAUCGUGCCACUGCACUCCAGCCUGGGCAAUAGAGCAAAACUCUGUCUCAAAAAAUAGAAAUAAAAAUCAGCUGGGUGUGAUGGUGCACACCUGUAAUCACAGCUAGUUUGGAGGCUGAGGCACAAGAAUCGCUUGAACCUGAGAGGCUGAAGCUGUGAGCCGAGAUCACGCCACUGCACAUCAGCCUGCGCAACAGAGUGAGCAAGACUCU